AUGCCAUUCGUCUUUGGGGCCUCCUCUCCAUCUUCCUCACCAUCUACAUUUACGGGCAUCAAGUUUGUGCCAGCAGGGCCGUCACCCGCCACGUCGCCCUUCAGCGGUCGCGGUGGCCGCGGCCGCGGCCGUGGCGGCUACGGUGGCGGCGAGGGCGGAUUCGACGGAGGCGGUGGUGGCCGUGGACGCGGCGGCGGCACCUCUCCCUACCAACCCAAGGCCAAGGCCGGUGGCUACAAGGCGCUGGGCAACAGCGGAGGCGGCGGCGGCGGCGGACAGUACCGACACCACAAGCGGGAGCGAGUGCUGGGCCAGUGGAGCGACGCGGUGAACUACGAUCGCGUGAAGAAGGUCAUCAACAUCUACCUCAACGAAUUCCAGCUGAAGGAUCGCGACCUCGAGCGAUUCAUCGUCUGGUUCGAGAGCGCGGACGGCGGCCGUCGCAGCCUCGGGUGGCUGCUGAACAUGCACGCCAAGGGCUGGGACGAGGAGACGGCCGACAGCAACGACGAGCAGACGACGAAGAGCGAAGCCUCAGCGGAGUCGAAGAAGAAGAGCGAAAGCGGCGAGACGAGCACGAAGGACAGCAAGCCGCCCGGCAUGAACUGGCAUCUGCAGGAGAACCAGAUCACAGACGAAGGUGUUAAGCUUCUGAUCGCCUUUGCGAAGCGCGUAGAUUCGAAGGUGGAGUUGCGUCGAUUCUAUCUCUACAAGAACAUCAUUGGCGACGACGGCGCGGCAGCAAUCGCUUCGUUUGUGAAAGAGAGCCGCAGCUUCGUGUUCGAGAUCCACUUGAGCCACAACAGGCUGACCAUCAAGGGCGCACAGGAGCUGUUCAUGGCUACCAAGGAAGCGAGAGUCAAGCCGCCCAGGCCGCUCUGGCUCAGGCUCGAGUGGAACUACGUCUCGUUUGAGAAGGCCAAGAAGUUCCUGCACGAUGAGAGUACCGACCACCUCCGGGCACCUCUGCACCUCUACGUGGCGGAGCUCCAGUACUCGGAGAGCGUCGGCGCUUCGUCGCAUCUGCAGAUGGCCAAGGCGAAAGUCAAGCUCGCCAAGGAGCAGGUCGAGAAACAGAACCUCGGACAACAAGACCCGCGCGCGUUUGGCCGCGAGAAGGAGGACAGCAGCGCUGCUGCCGCCACGCCAUCAGCGCCUGCCCCAGCGGCGACCAGCAAGACCACCGAUCGGGCAGUCAGCGAACAAUCAAAGCCCACUGUCGAGGCCAUCGGUGACGGCGAAAGAAAGGAGACCGCGGCCAGGUCGGCUGCUGCGCGGACCCCGUCGCGCAAGUCCGAGGCGCCGACCACAACCACGACAACGACGCCAGCGGAAAGCAACAAUAGUAAGAAGGCAGUCGGCGGAAGCGACGAGGACCUGCUGCGGGACGUGCCGACCUACAUCUUCCUGGACACGUGCGCCGUGCUGCGCAUGAGCGAGUGGCGCAAGGGUGCGAAGAACAUCGAGAGCGACAUGGCCCAGCUCAAGAGCAUCGCUGAGGCGGAGGAGGAAGAGUACGAAGACAUCGAUUCCGACGAUGAGGAUUCCGACGGUGAUGAUGACGACGAGGAGGAGGACGAAGAGCUGGCCGCCGAGGAGGUGAUGAAGGUCGUGCAGAGGAAAGUGGAGAAGAUCAGCAGCUACACCAAGACGAAGAAAAGCGUCGUGCAGCAACAGAGACAGCAGCAGCAAAAGCAGCAGGCUCGGGGCCAGACCAAGAACGCGAGGGCGAACAGCGGAGGUGGCGCGCGCGACAGCACGGCCGAGUUCCCGGUCUUCACCUUUGAGAACCUUGUGGAGCGUGCCAAGAAGGGCAAGUUCGGAGAGAACCUGGCCAAGCCCGGCGACCAAGUCACACUCAUUAUCACCGACACGGUGAUGCGAGAGCUGGAUCACCUCAAGUCCAGCAAGCCGGCCUUGAUUCGCAACAUCCUGUCUCUGCAGUCGGACGAUGGCUACCUGGCCAAGGGCGUUCAUCUCAAGUUUGUGGAAAUGCUGGGCGCUCACCAAGGCGAGCACCUGGUGGCGCUGCAGGACUCCUCGAUCGUGCAGUCCUAUGGCAGGAAGGUGAUGAAGGGCACCUCGUCGCUUGACAACGACCGUAAGAUCAUCGACGUCGCCCUCUUCUGGAACUCGGAGAUCGGUGUGACUGGCAACGUGAUCUUGCUGACGGCCGACGAAGGCGUACGCGAAGCGGCCAAGCGACACAACCUGCCCUCCGACAUGUGGAAAAACUUGGACAAGCGUCUCUUCAACGCGCUGAAGAGAGAUCCGAGCACACCGUGGACAGCUGCGCUGCUCAAAUCGUGCAUGCCCGGCUGCAUGGUGAAGCGGGACGGCAAGACCAUGCACCUCACUCCCUCCGUGAAGCCCGUGCAGAGCAUCUUCCAAGAAUUGGACAACGCGCUGGUGCUGACCUACAUGCUCAUGGAGAAGGUGAAGGCCCUCCAGGCCGACAACCGACAGCUGAAGGACUUCGUCUUCGAUGAUGUCCGAUCACGUGUGGGCGCUAUCGACGCCGCAUCGCCGGACGCGCAGAGCGGUCUGGCCGACCUGCAGGCCGUCAUCGCCCAGCACGAAGAGGAGCAGCAUGGCGAUGAAGAAGACGACGACGAAGUGGAUCGGCUGGUGGCCGUCACGCGGGAGCGGAGGCGCAUCUGGAUCGAGGUCUUGGGCCAGAUGGCGGGACCCAUGUCGCCGCUGCGCAUGAAGUCGGCCGAGUCCAUCUGGGACGGCGUCAAGGCGACGAGCCGCAGAGCUGGCGCCGGCUCUGGGCUGUCCCAGCUGAUGAAGACGGCAGAGUUCCUCGAGGUCGAGGACGAUGACAGCAGCAGCGACGACGACGACGGAGAGCGUGCCGUCCACCACGAAGACGACCAGGAAGAUCAAGAGGUGGAGGACCAAGACGAAGAGGAGGAAGAAGAGGAGCCUGCCAUAAACGAGACCGAGGCUGCCGUGGAAGUGGAUUCCUCGGCUGACUCGGGCGUCGAAGUGCAGGACCACGACAACCCAGCCAGCGGGGCGGAGGCGGAGAGUGUGACCAGCGGCCACGAGCAAGCGGCUGAGCACGGGGAGACGACCAUGCAUAGCACUGCGGAGGUGGAGGACGAACACGAAGUGGCGCAGGAGGAGACGGCGGCAGAUGUGGAGGACCAGCCACCUGUCGGCCAGGUCGAGGAGGUCGCCAAGACCGACAUCAACGAGGAGCCCGAAAGCUCCGGAGAGCACAACGGCGAUGCCUCAGCUGCCCCUGCUCUUCCUCAAGAGGCGAACGUCGAGUGA